AUGCUAUUCCACAAGCGCCAGUCAUCGCAGGGUUCUUCCCUGGCUGGGCCGUCUGGUCCCGGCGGUCGCAGCCAGCUGCCCAUGAUCCAAAUGCCGGACAGUAUCCGAUUCAAUGUACUCUGCAUGAUCGGCGAGUUUGUCGGCACAUUCUUAUUCCUCUUUUUCUCGUUUGCUGGAACUCAGGUUUCGAAUACACCUAUGCCUGUUCCCGGAUCAUAUCCAAAUACUUCCAACCUUCUUUACUCGUCUCUUGCUUUUGGUUUCUCUUUGACUGUCAAUGUCUGGGCCUUCUUCCGCAUCACCGGCGGUCUCUUCAACCCUGCGGUUACUCUUGCGCUUUGUCUUACCGGUGGAAUGCCCGCUCUACGUGGCUUGAUGGUGUUCCCUGCUCAACUGGUUGGCGGCAUUGCUGCAGCUGGUGUCGUUAGCUGUCUGUUCCCGGGCCCCUUGAACUGCGCUACUCGACUUGGUGGUGGUACUUCCAUCUCGCAGGGUCUGUUCAUUGAGAUGUUCCUGACCGCUCAACUUGUGCUUGUUAUUAUCAUGCUGGCAGUCGUCAAGCACAAGUCGACCUACCUAGCUCCGGUCGGCAUUGGUCUCACCUUCUUCGUUUGUGAGAUGAUCGGUGAUUAUUACACCGGCGGCUCUCUAAACCCCGCCCGAUCCCUGGGACCGGAUACCAUCAACCGCAGCUUCCCCGGAUAUCACUGGAUCUACUGGGUUGGUCCUUUGCUCGGUUCCCUUCUUGCCUCUGGCUUCUACCACCUGCUCUGCUUUGUCCGUUGGGAGAAUAUCAACCCCGGUCAGGAUUACAACGAGUGGGAGACCAAGGCUCGCAAGGACUCUAUCCCCGCCUCGGAGAACACCAUGAACGAUCCCGUUCACAAUGGCAAUGGUCAUGGAUAUGUGCGCCAGCCGACGAAUGAGGCUCCCCCCGACCAGCAGGUUUAA